AUGGAGAAAAUCAUUGAUGAAUCGCGGGCGCUUCCGGCGUUCCGAUGCGAGGAGAUUGAUAAAAAUCAAUUAGCAAAGGAAUGGAAGGCUUGGAAGUCAGCAUUGGAGAUUUACUUCGACGCUUACGACGUGUCGGAUCAACGUAAAAUGCGGGCUAAAUUGUUGCAUCUGGGCGGAAAACAAUUACAGCGAGUAUAUGAGAACUUGCCAGAUAAUAACAAGAUUCCGUUGGUAUCGACAAAGGAAAACUGGUACGACGUGGCUGUAGAGAAGCUGGAUGCAUACUUCGAGCCGGGACGCCAAUAUAUACUAGAGCGCUGCCGAUUGCGGAAAAUAAAACAGGAGAAGAAUGAACGGUUUUCGCACUUUGUAAUGCGCAUCAGGCAGCAACUCUCUGAUUGCGGAUUCGAGAAGUACUCGUCGGAAGUAAAAGAUGUUCUCACGGAAUUAUUCGUAAUCGACACCAUCGUUGAAGGAUGCCUUUCAGAUGAACUUCGACGUCGAAUCCUACAAAAUGAUAGAUCGUUGUCAGAAAUUGUGGAAAUGGGUGCAAUGAUGGAAGGAGUCGAGCAGCAGAUUAAGGAUAUUGGAUCGUUAAAUUCAACGGACACAACAGAGAAAGUAUUUCAAGUUAAGACGGAACGAAUAGUCAAGAAUCGGACGCCGUAUACAGAACGAAGCCGUUCUUAUUACAGUUCUUUGAAACCCAACGUAAAAUCAUUCUCCUGUUACCGUUGUGGGACGCAGGGCCAUGUUGGAUCAUCUGAAAUGUGCAAGGCUCGCGAUCAAAUUUGUCGACGGUGUAAGAAAGUAGGACAUUUUGAAGCUGUAUGUCGCACACGUACUUAUGCAUCCACUUCCGCAUCGGAUGUAAUAAAGGCCAAGAAGGUUCAUCUGGUCGAAAGAACCGAGGCUCACCAACAAAUUCAGAACCCGUUGGAACAUAAAGCUCCGACACAAUCAAAUGACUCGAAGAAGGCGGCCAACGCUGUCUGCUAG